UUUUAAGUCAGGCAAAGGAGUUGGACAGCUAAUGUUUUCCGUCUUCUGGGUCCUGACACGGAACGAGUUGAAGCUACGCAGGAGACGGAGAGUAGUAAUGGAGGCGGACGGUGUGUGGAGUCGCAAGUGAGCUCUAAGAAUGGCAGGCACGGCUUGAAGCUAACGAAAACUCGUGAACCCCCGUUUUCAGUGGUGGACGGAGAGGUCCCAUAGCGAAGGCACUGCCCGGCUGGACGUCAGAUUGAUCCCGGUGUGGAAACUACAGAGACGAUGUACUGCCUUCAGUGGUUACUCCCGGUCCUGCUCAUCCCGAAACCAUUGAACCCGGCCUUAUGGUUCAACCACUCGAUGUUCAUGGGCUUUUACCUGCUUAGCUUUCUUCUGGAAAGGAAGCCAUGUACCAUCUGUGCCUUGGUGUUCCUGGCAGCCUUGUUUCUCAUCUGCUACAGCUGCUGGGGGAACUGCUUCCUGUACCACUGCCAGGACUCUCCACUGCCAGACUCUGCACACGACCCCAGCAUUGUGGGCACCUAGAUUGAGUCACUCGUCAGCCCCUCUGUACAUGAGCACCUCUUCUUCAGACUCACAUCUACAAGGACGUGGGACAAUCUGUAGCUGGGCUGUGAAUAAAAUCCCAAACGUUGGCUUCUGCAUUUAGAGAAGCAUUUAUUUCAUACAUAAAGCAUAUCCUCCCUGUGGCUGCACAGGACAGAUACCCAUUUCCUCCGAGGAUUACUGCAUGGGUUGGCUAUAGUCUUCUUUCCCACUGAUUGCUGUGUCCAUACAUACAUUUGGUUGCUUUUGUAAUAACAAGAUGCUUAUUGUUUUCAACAUUUUGAAGGUAAUGUGUGUGUGUGAUUUUGAAUUGGAUUUCUUUGGAAUGAAGAUGGUUGUGGUGAAUGUCGAGUAUUAUAGCAGAAGUCAGCAUGAGCAGCUGUUGCCUCUGUUCUGUGGAUGUAGGUGAAACUAAGGGGGAAAAAAAGGCUAAUGCUGGAUUAUUCUUUGGGUUAGUCUGAAAAGGUGAUGCUGGUACCAACUGUAUUAGUUAUAAAUAAUUGUGUUAUUUUGAUUUAAUAAAGGUUAUUUUUUAAGGAAACACAGGGCUAUAUAUUUUAUUCUGUUGAUGAACUGGAGCAUGUUUGAAGCUGUUUUUUUUAGAAUUGAAUGCUGCAGUAGUUUGUGGUCAACUGUGAAACAUUGAUAUGAAUCACUGCCUAAUGAUGUAUUAAUACUGCUUCAAGCUGCUUAUGUAAGUUAAGGGAAAGUUGGGAUCAGGUUAAACCUAUAAGUAACAUUUUUGAGUUGACAUUCCUCAACAACUUGCAUAUAAAUUCUGAUAUUAGGAAACAUGGAGAAAAUCAGGCCCAAGGAGGCUCAAGCAGAUACUAGAAUGACGUAUUUUAAUAGUAGAAUUGCAAGUUAUUUUCAAAGAUUUUGUAUUUUGAUAAAUCCAGCUGGUUUUAAAGCUCUCAGAAAAUCUUAAAAAUGAGUACAUCUACAUGUUAAAGUCUAUAAUUACAAGGCCCACAGAGAUGAUAUAAGAUCUUCAUGUCUUGAAGUUGGUUAAAAUUUGUCAUUUGCACAGUGUGAUCCUAUAAUUGGGAUUCUCCCGCUGGAAAAAUCAGAAAUGAAAAAGGCCCUUUUGAUGGUCUGGUUCUGUGGGCCUGUCUACUGUUGUAACAUGUCAUAUGCUGUAUGUAUCAUAUGACCCAGAUGCAUCUAUUUUCAUUCUGUAUGUUUGCAGAGGUGUAACCAGAGAUUUUGAUAUUUAAUACAAGGUGUAAUUGCGGGGGUAAAUUUAGCAGUGUCUGCCCCACUCUCAAGAAGGCCAACUAAGGCUGCACAUGCAUGUGCGGCAAUAUAAAUAUCCUGCUUAGCAGUCUUUGUUAUCCAAAUAGACAUUUUGUAGAUCACAAAUUGGAUUUUUACCUUGGCCAGUGAUAUUUGUAUCAGUCUCCUUUCCAAAAUAUUUCCCACGUCUGUGAGGUUAUAAUGAUUGUUUUCACACUAACCACAGCUAGCCAGGAGAUGUCUUCUUUAUUACGAUCUGCUGAAUGUGACUUCCUUCCUUAAUGCCGCAUUGAUCCCGGAGUCACUGAAAAGCUGACUUGGCACCAGCUUGUCAAGGACACUUUUUCUGUAUUAGCUGUUCCAGACACAGGAUAAAAACAGUGGGGUUGCUUAGAGAUUUUUUGUGUUUUUUUUUGGAGUUUCCCAAUCUGGUCCACAGGAACUCCAUAGACAGUCCACAUUUUUGCUCCCUCCCACAGUUCUGGGAGGGAGCAAAAACAUGGACUGUCGUUGGGUCCCCGAGGACCAGGUUGGAAAACACUGUUAUAUCUCAUUCUAGUGAAGCUUCUGUUGAGUUCUUAUUGGGGAGGGGGAGCUGGUGCUUAUUCCCCAGGAUGGGGUCAGACCAUCACAGGGAACAUCCACUAUUAGGUUAAUUGAUGUCUCUAAAUUUCCCAGUUUGCGUAGGCCUGUCAAUAGAGAGUUUUUUCCCCAGUUACCUGUCGGCAUCCUUAUGGUGGGUCUUCAGAACGUGAAGUCUGACUUUAUCUCUGUAUAUUUUAGGGCGAUGGUGGUCUGUUGCAAGGCACAGCCAGUUGGAGAAAAUGGUUCCUUUGAUAAAUAUCUUCUGAGUGCUGAUACAGCUUGAAAUGUAAAUCAGUGCUUCCUUGCCAGCCUUUGACCUCAGCCUUCCUCUCUCCUUGCCUUUUCACGAGUUUCCCGUGCUAACUUGUGUCUGUGCUGAUCCAGAACAUGAGUCCCAUCCAGGAUGUAACCCAUUAUAAUUUUCAGCACAUGAUCUGGGUCACUGCUACCCCAAUAUAGUAAGGAUUUUCUGAAAAUGGAUGCAAUGACGUUGCAAAAUCUAAUUAAUUAAUGUUAAAUUAAUUUUAGUCCAUGAUAUUGAGAUACAUGUCAAUAAACAAUUCCACCACAGUUA